AUGGAGGAACUGACAAAAAAUCUAGAAGAAAAAAUAAAAAGUGGCUACCAGAUGAUGGAAAAAUUGAAGCCACUGAGCGAGAAAGUGGAAGGGUCUGAUAAGCUGUCAAGAAAAAUAAACCAAGAAGUUAAAUUUCUAAACAAGGUGCGAUCCACAGGUAACGUGAAGAAGGAGUACCUCCAAAGUACAAACUUGAUCCACCUGAACGCGAUAAUAGAGCGACUGGUGAUUUCCAAGGAUGCAGUUAGUGUGAUGCGUCCGUUUAAAUUUGAGAAUUCUCGCCUGGAAGUGGACAUCGUCUGCGACUCCGGUAGUUCCUGGGUGAAAGUGAUCGCGAGGAACCCGCGAGCUCUGACCCUGAUUUCUCAAGGCGAGGGAGAGUUUGGUCAGAAGUCUGUGGUGGACCAGGCUCAGGCUUAUUUAUCUUGCGCAGAGCUUCAUCCUCAUCGCUACAAGGCGCCUGAGGUUGUCUUUCAUUUUGCUUGUGGGAUUGAAAAUUCACUCGCGGUGAGGCUCGAGGAGCUUGGAGUCGUUGUUGAAGGCGUUAGGAUUGGGAGUCUUGAUCCUUUUGAUGCUGCAAUUUGCAAAAAUCCUGAACAAAUAAACUCAACACUGGAGUCAUUGAGCCAGGGUGACAUUAAAACUCUGAAUCUGGACGUUUCAACCUUGCUGGCUUAUGUGAGCAAUAUGACCAACGGGCACGCUAAUUUCGAUUACUUGGAGCCUCUGCUGAGCUUGCAGGCCGAGUGGGAACGACUUAGACCCGUAAAACCUGUUCUUGACAAAAUAUUCCAGGGGAAAAAAUUGAUCAUUUGCGAAACUGCCUACAAAAAUUUAAUGGACAUUAUUAAUAUUAUCGGCGGCGCUAAUGAGACUGCGAGAACUAAAGAGUUGAUAAAGCGCGUGACUAUUGUUGAUGAUGCAACGGAAGGAAGGAUUUUAGAUUUGGCUCUUGGUGGAAAAAUUAAAAACCGAUCGAGGAUCGUUUUUGCAACUGGUGAGAUGCACAAGAGUAUCACUGUAUCUGCUAAUGAAGGGUUUGUUCGCGCAGCUAAGAUGCAGGGCAUUGAAUGCACAGUAAUUUUACACGAGCCAAGAUCACUCUCAGAAAUAAAAGAAAAAUACGCCCAAGAGUUAAAGUCGUGA